UAUCAAGUAGCUAACUGCAUCUCUAAUAACAUCCUUGCUCUGGGCAUCUACUGCACUGGUCUCUCUUUCCUGUUUGCCAGACUGCCUAAGGUGUUACCAGGCAGAUGAAUUUUCACCAUCUCCCAUCAUGAGGAAAAGAGAUGCUACCUUCUGUCUCCUGCUUUUGCCAGCUUUUAUGACUCAAGCGGUGUGUGGACAAAGAAAGAAAGGACCAAAGCCAAAUGCACUGGCCAGGAAAAAUGAAUUCCGGGACUCCAUUUGCUUCAUAGACAUUGUCUUUAUCUUGGAUAGCUCUGAAAGCUCUAAAAUUGUCCUCUUUGAUAAUCAGAAAGAUUUUGUGGACAGCUUGAGUGAGAAGAUUUUCCAGUUGACUCCUGGUCGUUCACUGAAAUAUGACAUCAAGCUGGCAGCCCUUCAGUUUAGCAGCUCCGUCCAGAUUAAUCCACCCUUUUCUUCUUGGAAGGAUCUACGGACAUUUAAGCAGCGGGUCAAGUCACUGAAUUUAAUUGGGCAAGGUACCUUCUCUUAUUAUGCCAUCUCCAAUGCCACAAGGCUGCUUAAGAGAGAAGGGCGUAAAGAUGGUGUGAAAGUGGCUUUGCUGAUGACUGAUGGCAUUGAUCAUCCCAAGAGUCCAGAUGUCCAAAGCAUUUCUGAAGAUGCUAGACUUUCAGGAAUAUCCUUUAUUACUGUGGGACUUUCCACUGUGGUCAAUGAUGCCAAACUUCGGCUGAUAUCUGGGGAUUCAUCCAGUGAACCUGUUCUCCUACUGAGUGAGCCAACCCUUGUAGACAAAAUCCAGGAACGCCUGGAUGUCUUAUUUGAAAGGAAGUGUGAACACAAGAUCUGUGAAUGUGAGAAGGGAGAUCCAGGCGACCCAGGGCCUCCCGGAACCCAUGGGAACCCUGGUAUCAAAGGUGAGCGAGGACCCAAAGGAAAUCCGGGUGAUGCUCAGAAAGGAGAAACUGGAGAAAGAGGUCCUGGGGGAAUUCCUGGCUACAAGGGUGACAAGGGUGAACGAGGAGAAUGUGGUAAACCAGGAAUGAAAGGUGACAAAGGAUCUUCAGGGCCAUAUGGACCAAAGGGACCCAGAGGAAUUCAGGGCAUUGGUGGACCUCCAGGGGAUCCAGGCCCAAAGGGAUUUCAAGGGAAUAAGGGUGAGCCAGGUCCUCCUGGUCCUUAUGGUCCUCCAGGAGUCCCCGGUAUUGGACAGCAAGGUGUGAAGGGAGAAAGGGGCCAAGAAGGAAGAACAGGGGCCCCGGGCCCCAUUGGAGUUGGUGAACCGGGACAGCCAGGUCCCCGUGGUCCUGAGGGAGCACCAGGAGAGAAGGGCCCACCGGGAGAAGGAUUUCCAGGACCAAAGGGUGAAAAGGGUUCUGAAGGACCAAUUGGCCCACAAGGAUUGCAAGGCCUGUCAAUCAAAGGGGAUAAGGGGGAUUUGGGACCUGUAGGACCCCAGGGACCAGUGGGUAUCCCUGGCAUUGGAAGUCAAGGUGAGCAGGGGAUUCAAGGUCCAAUUGGUCCACCUGGUCCACAAGGACCCCCAGGACAAGGCUCACCUGGUUCCAAGGGAGAAGUAGGCCAGAUGGGACCCAUAGGCCCUAGAGGACCAAUGGGAAUUGGAAUACAGGGACCAAAGGGGGAGCCAGGCGCAGUGGGGCUCCCGGGACAGCCUGGAGUACCCGGGGAAGAAGGAGCCCCUGGAAAGAAGGGAGAAGCAGGGCUUCCAGGAACAAGAGGCCCAGAAGGAAUGCCAGGGAGAGGCCAGCCUGGCCCCAAGGGUGAUGAAGGAAAGAAAGGGAGCAAAGGAAAUCAAGGACAGAGGGGCUUUCCAGGACCUGAGGGGCCAAAGGGAGAGCCAGGCAUUAUGGGCCCUUUUGGAAUGCCUGGAGCAUCAAUUCCUGGACCAGCUGGACCAAAGGGAGAUCGAGGAGGACCUGGGAUGCCUGGUCUGAAAGGAGAACCUGGACUUUCUGUUCGAGGGCCAAAGGGUGUCCAGGGUCCUCGAGGACCAGUGGGUGCUCCAGGACUCAAAGGUGAUGGCUAUCCUGGUGUGGCUGGACCUCGAGGAAUGCCAGGACCCCCUGGACCAAUGGGCUUACGUGGUGUGGGAGACACUGGAGCAAAGGGAGAGCCAGGGGUCAGAGGUCCUCCAGGCCCUUCUGGGCCUCGGGGCAUUGGAACUCAAGGACCGAAGGGUGAUGUUGGGCAAAAAGGCCUGCCUGGCCCUCCUGGCCCCCCUGGUUAUGGAUCACAAGGAAUCAAAGGGGAGCAAGGACCUCAAGGUUUUCCAGGGUCAAAGGGCACAGUGGGCCAUGGCCUCCCUGGCCAGAAGGGAGACCAUGGAGAACGGGGUGAUGUGGGGAAGAAAGGGGAAAAGGGGGAAAUCGGAGAGCCCGGAUCUCCCGGAGAACAGGGGUUACAAGGACCAAAAGGAGACUUGGGACUUACGAAAGAAGAAAUUAUCAAACUUAUUAUUGAAAUAUGUGGUUGUGGGCCCAAAUGCAAAGAGACUCCACUGGAAUUGGUGUUUGUGAUUGACAGUUCAGAAAGUGUGGGACCAGAGAACUUUCAGAUCAUCCAAAAUUUUGUGAAGACUCUGGCUGACCGGGUAGCCCUGGACCUUGCCACAGCCCGGAUAGGCAUAAUCAACUAUAGCCACAAGGUGGAGAAGGUGGCUAGCCUGAAGCAGUUCUCCAGCAAGGAUGACUUCAAGUUGGUGGUAGACAACAUGCAGUAUCUGGGAGAGGGCACCUAUACAGCCACUGCUCUUCAAGCAGCCAAUGACAUGUUCAAGGAGGCAAGGCCAGGUGUAAAGAAGGUGGCCUUGGUGAUCACUGAUGGACAGACAGAUUCUCGAGAUAAAAAGAAACUGGCAGAUGUGGUGAAGGAUGCCAAUGACUCCAAUGUGGAAAUAUUUGUGAUUGGGGUGGUGAAGAAAGAUGAUCCCAACUUUGAAAUUUUUUAUCAAGAAAUGAAUGUCAUUGCUACUGACCCAGAACAUGUUUAUCAGUUUGAUGAUUUUUUUACCCUGCAAGAUACUCUGAAGCAAAAAUUGUCCAAAAAAAUUUGUGAGGAUUUUGAUUCCUAUCUCAUUCAAGUUUUUGGAUCAUCAUCCCUUCAACCUGGAUUUGGGAUGUCAGUGCAAGAACUCGGCACAUCUACUCCAAAGCCCACAAAAGAAAUUUCUGAGUCGGUUAAUGUCUCUAGAGGCCAGAAUGAAGAGAUUGAACCUACCAUGUUGACUGAGGCUGGUCACUUGGCUGUCCUGAUGCUGCCUGUGGCCACCAGUACACCUGAACCAUUGCUCAGCAGCCCUGAGGGAACAGAAACCAGAACUCAAAAUCCCAAUUUGAUUUUACAGCCAGAAAAAUCUCUGCACAAAGAUCCAAGAUGUGAGGAAGCCCUGAAACCUGGAAACUGUGGAGACUAUGUCGUUCGAUGGUAUUAUGACAAACAGGUCAACUCUUGUGCUCGCUUUUGGUUCAGUGGCUGCAACGGCUCAGGAAACAGGUUCCACAGUGAAAAGGAGUGCCGAGAAACCUGCAUUAAACCAUGAAUUAACCUGCUUCCAUUGGACGUUCAGAAAGAGAGAGUCUAACACAAACAGUGCACCACAUUAGAGCAUACACAAGUACUGAUAGUUCAUAAACGUAUGGAAUCCUCACAACCACCACCUACAUCAUAUCAUAUAUAUCAUAGUAUUACUAACUGCCUAUCUAGUUGAGAAAGCAAAGACCCGUGAUUUCAGUGGCUUGUCAGCUGUCACCAGCAGAUGGAUGGAAGUGCUAGGGUUUGGACUCAGCUGGGUGACUUUAGAACACAGGCUUUACCUACUUCACAGCCUGCAGUGUGGCCCUGAGUCCUGAUCACUCUAUUACACAUAUGCUGUCAGAUGAAACCCCACCCUGCCUGUGCCACCCUCCACCCCCCAGCCAAUAGAGAGUGGUCUGUGACGGGAAGGACUUUGGUUUGCCAUAGUUGGAAGUGGUAAGAGUGUUUGCCUGUGAGCGCUGGAGAGUGGCAGAGGAUGGUGAGGGCAGGGAAGAAAUUAGCCCAAAGUGAUAGCAGAGAGAAAUACGUCUGAAAUAAAUUCACAAAUUAUAUGACAAAUGGACACUUCUCAUCCCUCCUUGGUAUCAAAGCCCUUUGAAUGCUUAAACUGUGUAUUAAAAUGAAGCAGGUUUUUCACUUUUUCUUUAAAAAUACAUGAAUGAGACUUGAUUUAUGGUGAAGGAAUGAGAAUUAGGUCCGCCAUUUUGUAAUAAUUUUGUCACACUAAGUGUGGGAAGGCUGUGAGUUCUGAGACAGCAUUUUAACACAUCAUCUACAACAUGCUUUCUCCUUCUCAGCCUGUCACUCUCCUUCAAGUUGGACACAAAAAAGCUCCAAACUAAGAAAAUGGAAGACUAGCCAUCCUGACCAAAAUAACAUUGGGGGGGGGUGUCUGUGAUAUAAUAAAAAUUGCAUUAUGUAGUAUUUUUAUUAAAAGAGAACACAUACAGCAUUUGUGUCAGUUUUAAAACAGGAUGAGUCAGGCAGUAACCAUAUCACCUACAGAUUAGACCAAAGCACUGACUCUGUGGAAGUCCCUAUGCCCUCACAAUCUACUUUUCUAUACCAGGGAUCUCCUACUCCAAACUUGUUUCACUGUUGACUUUUCUGUGUAAUUUUACAUGCAAAACUACUCUUUUCUCUAUGGAUGCCUAAAUAUAAAUAACAUAUAGUUAGCCUUUUGUAGCUUAUAGAUUUUUUAAAAUGAUGCUCUGUUCUAGCCUUCUACAGCUUAAUAUUUUAAUUUAGCUUUAAAAUCAAGCCAUAUUUUACCUAUAUAAAUAUAUUCCCAAAUAAUUUAUUACUUACAUGUUGGAGUCUUAGACAACUUUUACUGAAAUAUGUACUUCUCUGUGAUUUGCUAGAUGACAGUUAU